AUGUCCUCGAGUCCAGUGCUGCGUGCAUACGGCUGCCCCUCCCCGAGCAGCAUCCUGACCAUGACGUACGCCGACGCCCGCGUUCUCGUCGCGGUCGACCUGGACGGUGUCUAUCAAUUCUGGCUUGACGAGACGGUGCCACUCUUCUCUGGCACCUUGUGCGCCAACUCGACCACGCUUUUCGUAUGGCUCUCGUCACUCCGUGAUAUCGAGAUCGCAAGCGAACACCGUCUCGUGCUGCCUCUGCUAUACCUGACCGGCGAGGCGUGGGACUGGUUUGUCGACUACCACUCGGACGACACGACCAAGCGCCCCAACUCGUGGUCACACUUCGAACACGCGCUCCGAGAAAGGUUCCCCGAGUCAGACCGACAUCUGUUGGCCCUCCAGAGGGUGGCCGAGGCGAUCUUUGGGGAGACCAUCGAGGAUCUGGUGGAGCAGUUCGGGGAGGCACACGAGCUGUACCCCGAAAGGCCGAUUCUGAAUCUCACAUGGGACUUCGUGCAGAGGUUGCCCCCGGGUUACUGGCAGUUGAGGGACGAGCUGCUGGAGAAGGCGCCGAAGGAUUUCGACGAGCUGUGCGAGCGCGCGAAGGGCUUCGAACUGUGCGAGGUCUAG